GCCAACGGGCUGUUGAACGAAGAGUGUGUGCUACGUUCCCCAUUGAAGUGUUGGUGAUUUUGCUGUGGUGUGAAUCGUUUCCAUUUGGAUGAUGAUAUUGCAAAUCAGUUGAGUUUAUGGACUCGAAAUGAGAUGCUGUAGUUGUUUGUAACUGAAGACGAGAAGGACGUGAUGUUACUCGUGAAACAACAGCAGAAGGAGUAGUGAGCUUUAGCCCUGGGUCGGUGGGCCACCUUCAGAUGCUCAGAUAACAGCGGCUCCAGUAUGGCGGGGCCCACGAACGCCCUUGUGUGGGCGGCUGUGGGCGUGUGGGUAGUCUGCAGUGUUAGUGCGUGGGCGGACUACUCUUCGGACACCCAUCCGGGAGGUCCGCGCCGUUGUGAAGCCAUCAGGAUCUCCUCCUGCUUGGACGUCGGGUACAACCUGACCUCCAUGCCCAACCUGGUGGGGCUCGAGUUGCAGAACGACGCCGAGUAUCGCCUCAAUUCCUUCAAGCCCCUCAUCCAGUAUGGGUGCUCCUCCCAGCUCCAGUUCUUCCUUUGCUCCAUCUACGCCCCCAUGUGCACUCCCCAAGUUCCCACGCCCAUCGGGCCUUGUCGGGAUCUGUGCGAGGCCGUCAGGAACCGAUGUGCCCCGGUGCUGGCUGAACUUGGGUAUCCCUGGCCACCGUUUCUCAAUUGCUCCAGGUUUCCUGCGGAAAACAACGAGGAACACAUGUGCAUGGAAGGGCCAGGGGAGAAAAUGCCCCCUCAUUCCCCUCCUACAACUUCCCCCCGCCCCCAGACUCCCCCGCGGUGCAGCCAGUACGCCCAGGCACACAAAUACCGGUACAUCAACGCCACGGGUACGUGCACCCCUCUGUGCCAAGCCAACAUUUCCUUUAACAGCAGCGAUAAGUCCUUCGCCGGGGUGUGGAUGGCGAUCUGGGCUGUCGUCUGCUUCGCCGUCACCAUGUUCACGGUCAUGUCCUUCGUGUUGGAUGCGGCCGCCUUCAGGUACCCCGAAAGGGCCGCCGUGCACCUUGCCCUCUGUUACAACCUGGUCGCAGUGGGUUACCUGGUGCGACUGGUUGCAGGUGCAGCCCGGGUCACCUGUCACGCUGACCCUGAGCUAGGGGCGCGCGUGGCUGUCACUGAAGGCACCUUGCACACCACGUGUGCCCUCGUCUUCCUCCUCCUGUACUACUUCAGCACCGCCGCCUCCGUCUGGUGGGUGAUGCUGUGUGUGUCGUGGCUGAUGAGGGCGUGGCGCGGGUGGACCCACGAGCAGAUCCUCCGUCAUUCUUCGUGGUUCCAUGUGGCAGCCUGGGGCAUACCCGCCGCCCAGGCCAUCGCCUGCCUCGUCCUCAGGAAGGUCGACUCCGACGAACUCACCGGGACGUGUUACGCGGGUCAGCAGAACACGGAGACGUUGGUGAGGUUCGUGCUGGUGCCCCAGUUCCUUUACCUGGUGACGGGGGCCACUCUGGUGCUGGUGGUCUUCGCGUGCCUGUGGAGGGCGCGAGGGAGGCUCCGGGACCAGGGCAUGAAGACGGACAAGGUCGACGUCACAGCCGCCAGGGUCGGGGUGGUCGCCGUCCUUUACAUGGUUCCGGCCACCUGCCAGGUUGGUGCCACCUUCUACGAGUACGUGGAGCGCGAGCACUGGCUGAGGGACCCGACUGUUCGGCCGAACAUGGAAGUGUUCAUGUUGAAGAUCUUCAUGUCCAUGGCCGUGGGCAUCAUGGGCGGCCUUUUCCUCAUCAACGGUCGCGUCCUCAACUCCUGGAAGAGGUUCUUCAAGAGAUUCACGGCCGGAAAGCAGCCGCUGCCUCCGUAUCUUCAGGCACCGCACCUCGUACAGAACAACGUCGGCAUGCACAAACACCCACCCGUGCAUUACGUGCCUCAACCGCGCCGCCAGGAGGGCCUGGUAGACGUGCACGGCUACGUUCAGCGGUAUCCUCCUCCUCCCCCUCCUCCUCAGAAACACCACUUGGGGCACUCCUCCAGACACAAAUGUGGUUCCGAGACUCAAGUGUAGUGGCGGCGGGAGCUCGGUCUAGACCCGGGCUGAAAGAGACCUUUUGGAUAGAAACGGCGCUGCUGCUGUGGUCGAGUGUCCCGCAGGAACGCCUCCGUAUUUUCUUGUCCUUGUUUUCAAGAUGUAUGGAGUAUCAAAGAAACGAACUAAAGCACUAGGAAACGCGUAUUGUUGCAAAUAGAGAAGCGUGUACGGAGUGUAUAAGAUUCACUGAAAUGAUAAGACACGGACUAAGAAAGGAUAGUAGGUAGGAUGCAAUUAAAUAAAGUCAAGAUUUAAAUAGUAUUAGUUUCCAUCCAGAGGAAAUCACGAGAUUACUGAAAGUGCUUGUGUUUUUCCACGAGGAAAGUUGCGAUGUAUCUUAAAGGGUAGAUUUUGGAACUGACCGCAGGAGGCGAAAGACUUCCUUCUUCAGAAAUGGAGGAUUUCGAAGAGGAGAGAAACAGUCACGAGUCGUGCAGUCCGGGAUUACUUAUUUCGACUGAGUCAGUGUGUAGGAAGUAGCAAGGAAGUGUAUAGAAAUGAAAGCAGCCUUGUGUAGAGUAAGAGAGCGAAAUUAAGCAGUGCUAAGUGUAUAAAGAGAAAAAGUAGCCUUAAGAAGAGUAGAGAGCAAAGCAGCAGCCUUGUCUGGCCUUACUAACUUCUCGUAAGAAGAGAUUAAACCAAAGUGAACUAUUUUUCUUUUUUACUAGAAACUGUAUCAGCUUCGUGUCUUGGUGGCCUACCAAACGGAGUCUUUCAACGGAAUAAAUCCAUGGUGCUGUAAUUUUUAAGUAUGCGAAACCUUUAACUUUUUUUCAUUUCUGUUAUGUCCAGUUGCUAUCAAGACCCGGUGAGGAAUAACUGCAACUCGACGAUGAACCACUAAAGAGAAUGAAAUCCAUAGACCUUCUCUUUAUGAUAAAGGAUGAUGAUCAUGGACUUUAUUUGCCGAUAUUAAUUAUAUUUAAUUACAGUUUUUUUUUAAAGUUGGCGAUAAAUAUCCUUUUCAGAUAUCGAAGACUCAUUCCAUUGGCGGAAGCUCUUGCUCAGCAGCUCCCAUUGGUUGGUUGGUUACAUAGAUAUUGGCUCUGGAUAUUUACCGUCAGACCGAAAGGAAAAAAAAUGAAAAAAAAAAAAAAAGAUUCGUGUGGGAUUUGGUGGCAAAUGCAACCACUUUUUCCCGCAUAAUUAUGGGUUUGUAAUUCAUCGAAAUUGCCUCAAUCACAGACUACCUCAAACGCUGAUGUAUAAAAAUAGUGCAGUUAUUGUCAACAAUAACUUAUUCUUUAUUCUCAACGAUAAGUUUUUAGCAAGCUGAACACAAUGCAUCUCUCCAAUGACUAUUAGUAGUUGGGGGUUUAUUGUAUACAAGUAUUGCAACAAGGCAUUAGUUACUUAAUGGAAGACCCAGGUUUCUUUUUAUCAAAUGUUAUUGCACAUGUUUGCUCCAAAAACUAAAAUUAUGAUCUAAACUUAAUUAUGACCUCGUGGGUUUUGAUCGAUAUAAAUAAUCGCAUUUUUUUUCAGUCGAUUUCCACAAUUUUACUUUGUAGAACUACUCGAAGUUUUCCCAUGUUAUUUAUUAGCCGUGCACGUCUUACGAAUGUGCCGCCAUUCCUUCCAUCUUUUACUGAAAUAUGCAGGACUUUGAAUUAAGAAAGGCUGUGCGGAUCUGUGCUUAAAGUAGGGAAUCGAGAUUUUUUUUUUUUACAAUAAAAUGAGGUUUUAUAUCUUCUUUAUGAACGAUGGCAAAUGAGAUUAAUUCAACUCAGAGGAUUAAAGAGGAACCUCUCAUUUGUUACGGUACGUAGUAAGGACUUUUCUGUGUACUUAAGGAUGAGACGAAGUUUUUAUUGUUUUUUUUUUCAUCUCUCGAUGUUAUAUAGAUAAUUGCAGUUCACGUAAGGUACAAACAAUACUACUUGAUUAGUUGUUAACGUCACUGCUAAUCUUGCCUUCCAUACUGAUAUAAAAAUUUUCCAAUCUUUAUUGUAGAAUAGAACAGUAUUUUCGAUAUGUAAUGCAAUCCAAAAUUUGUAUUGUAAAGCUUUUCAUUUUUCUUGACAUGUAGAAGCAAAUUUAUAUAAUUUGUGAAAUUGGUGUUGCAUUGUGUUAGUUAUUUUGACGAAAGCAGUCGAGUUGCUCCUCCGUAGUAAGCUGACUCAUUCACAAGGCUUCGGACAAAAGACAAAUUCAUUUGAAUUCACUUUCAACUUCCCCUUUUGUAUGUUACGUGUCAUGUGUACUUUUAUGAAUGUGAUGAGAAUAAUGUGCGGCCCGUGGGCGAUUAAUCCCCUCGCAAGGAGACAGACGGGAGGUUUUUAAAGGAAGCCUUUUUUUUUCCUUUUUGGUCGAAUUUGAGAAUCGUGAUGCCCUUGCAAUGAGGGUAUUAGUGGGUUCCCGGUUUUGUUGCACACACACAGUUCAGGUUUUCUAUAUCAAGUCGAUUUUCGUCGAAUGUUAAAAAGAGGAUAAUUUAUUUUUAAUAUGUUGCUUGGACAGACAUGUUUCGUAUUGGUUGUACUGAGACUGCUGAGAUGCGUAUUUUGGUAAAAAAAGGAAUAGAGUUUCUUCCUCUUUCUAGCGUUCGGCUCGUCAUUUUGUGAUAAAAAGAUGCCAUAUACAUGUAAGUAAUGCCACUGUGCAGCCAGGUAUGCCAGUUGUGGCAUUUAUUUUUAUUUCUGAGAAAUGGUAAUGAAGUGAUGAAGAAAAUGCCAGUGUAAGAAAGACAAAGAAUCAUGAUGUUCCGUUGCAAAGGCAAUGUCCGCGGAAUUUAGUUGUUUACCAUACUUCAUAGUUGUUUGAUGGGCAGAUCCCUACUACUACUACUACUACUACUACUACUACUACUACUGUUCAGAAUUAAUGGAUAUCUCCUCUCUAGAAUGAUGUGGAUCUGUAAGGGAGAAGCUGGUUUUGGACAUCUAAGGAGAAAUGAUUCUUUGAAACAAUUAAAAUGUCAUAGUUUGUGAAGGUAUAUUUCAUCAAAUGUGAGUAACUCGAUCAUGUUCCUAGUGUAUUCUUCCAUUGAAUUAUUAUGACUGUCAUCACUUGUCUGUGUCUUUUAUGAUGUAUAUAGUAAAUAUUUUUAAAAUCAGAAAUUUAUUUGGAUAUUAUAAAUACUCCAAAACAGUUGUCAAAAGGAAGUACUGGCAGCCAGUCUUGUACAUACUAUACAUAAAACUAUAUAGUUUUAUUAAAGUUAUUCACGGAUA